AUGUCCCUCGAGGACACCAACGCUAUGCGUGUCAAGCUUGGUUUGAAGCCAAUUCAAGAUGACAAUAGCUCACAGAACAAUGAAAAGUCAGCAGAAUCCAACUACGCCACUCUCAAAGCAGAUGAGCAGAAGCAGCGCGAGAGUGAAGAGCAGCGAGUGAAUAUCGAGCGUACCCGCAACAAACUACAACUGAAUAAACGCCUUAAAGGUAAAACGCUUGGUGAGGAUACCGGAGAAGAUGAUGCAAAGAAAUGGGCCAAACGACUUAAACGUAAGCAGAAAGAGGCUGCUGAGCGAGUAGCGCGGGCGCAAUUGGAGCAAGACAACCUGUACACUCAGGAUGAUUCCAACUACAACGAAUCCCACCUCUCCGGACUGAGAGUGGGUCACAAUGUCGAUGAUUUCGCUGAGGGUAAAGACCACAUCCUUACUCUCAAAGACGGCGCUGUGCUCGACGACGCCGAUGACGAGCUACAAAAUCUUGACCUAGCAGAGGAUGAACGGGGUAGAGAGAGAGCGGAGCUGAGUAAAGGCGUGAAAGCGCGUCAGUAUACAGGUCUAGAUGAUGAGGAGUUUGGAGCUGAUGGUGCAGCUAAAAAGCCAGCCCUACUUAGUAAAUAUGAUGAGGAGCUCGCUGGUGCAGAUAGUGGAUUCAGACUAGGUGAUGCAACCGCGCACACCUCUAAAAAUACCACAGAUAAUCAUGACAACUCCACCCUCACUCAGCCUACCGAAAAACUUAACAAAACUCUUCUCAGUCUUGACUAUCUGAAGAAUGAGCAGCCUAGCGAUUUCCUCAAAGAGGGUGAUGUAGGAUUCAAGAAACCAAAGACCAAAAAGACUAAGAAGAGGAGCACACGCAAGGCUGAAGUGGUCGAUGGCGAUAUGCAGAUAGACACAAGUACAAGUACACAUGUAGAAAUGAAACCACCCGCUCCACGUGAACGUGCCAACCUUGAACACACCAACAUGAUAGAUGACGAUGAUCUCCAAAUAGCCCUGGCGAAGCAGAGGCGAGAUAAGCAGCGGCGGAGCAAGGCGGUGCGCCAGAAGAAGCCUGAAGAAAUAGCAGCUGAGAUUGGCGAGCUGGAUGAGAUUGAUAUGCGCAGAAAUGGUGAAGAGACGGAAAAAGAGUUCGAUGGAAAGGCAAAGUCGCUGGUGUUGGACGAUACUAGUGAAUUCAUACGUACUGUCCAAAUGGCACCGCAACAAGAGGCGCAAGAGGUACAUGAGAGUGUGAGUGUGAAGAAGGAGCCUGAUCUAAGUGUAGAUGGUGACCAACCCCUCGACGUGGCUGCCGAUAUGGAUGUAACGAUUGAGGAUGUGGAUGGGAUAAAGAAGGAGGAGGAGAAAGGAGAACAAAGUUACCAAGGAGACGGAGGUUUCGAAAAGGAAUCCACCGCAAACACACCCACAAAUCCCCCCACACACACCACACACGCUAAAGGGCUCGGAUCACUCCUCGCGUCGCUCAAGCAGCAGGGCCAGAUAGAAGCACUAACGCCAGAACAGCGAGAGCGAGAGCGUGUGCAGAGUGAAAGUCUACAUUUCCUCGCUGACCAGCGCGCGCGAGAGGUAGUACGCGAGGAGCACCGCCAACGCAUCCGUCUCGACGAGACCAAGUCGCAGCAGGAUCGUGAUCGUGAAUUGCGCUCGCGCGACGCACGUUCUGCCCAGGAAGACAAAGAAGCAUUCGAGCGCAAUUAUAAACCGUCGGUCGAUAUCAAGUACCAUGACGAGACUGGGCGCGCGCAGACAGCUAAGGAGGCGUGGAAAUACCUCAAUUAUAAAUUUCAUGGUAGAGGUCAGGGUACCAAGGGGCAGGAGAAGAAACUUAGACAAAUUGAGAUGGAACGUAGGCAGAUGGCUAUGACUAGUGGCGAAACUCCGCUCAAUGUCAUGGGGGCAUUUCAGUCUAGGAGAGAAGCCACUGGUUCAGCACAUAUGGUGCUCUCUGUUGGUAAUAGAGGUGCUGCUCCUCAGAGUGAUUCUUUGUUCGACGCUGGUUCUCGACUCGAGAAGAGGAGCGGUGGGAGUGGGAAUGCAGUUGAAAGUGUUGGUAAUAGGGCAGGUGAUGAUACAACUGCAAGCACUAGCACUAGUACACUUGCUCCUCCAGAAGAUAAUCAACACACGCAAGCUAAUGGCACCUCCUCUUUCGUCCCCGUCGGCAGCAGUCCGGCACCGGAGCAGCAAGAGCAGCCCGCCAAGUCGACAUUCGCACCCAUUGGUAGUUUAGGUGCAAGCACAAGCACAGGCACAGGCGCAGGCGCACAAGCCGGUGGACUCAAACUCGGUGGCAAGAUAACAUUCGGGAAGCGCAAGAGCGACACUGGAGAGAUUAAGCAGCAAAACAAGCAGCCGAGAUUGGAUUAG